AUGGUUGUUCCUUUAUUUAUCAGUGAAAAAGCGAGAGAUCUGGAGUAUGUGAAGAAUUACCAACCUGACAACACUGAGCUCCAACAUCUGAGAAUCCUGCUUCAUGGGCCAGUUGGUGCUGGCAAGUCCAGUUUCAUCAACUCCGUCAACAACAUCUUACAGGGCAGAAUGACAGGCUCAGCUUUGGUGAAUUCAGCUGGCGAUAACAGCUUUACAAAGAAAUACUUAACCUACAAAAUCCCACGAAAACCCACCCAAAAAGGAGACCGGAAGACCUUUUACUCCGUUGCCUUCACUGACAUCAUGGGUCUCGAGAAACAUGCAAACAAUGGUGUCCAUCCAGAAGACAUCAAACUGGCCCUCAAAGGACAUGUGACACAGGGUUACAAAUUCAAUCCUGUAUCUCCACUGUCAGAGGGGGACCCAGGUUACAACUCGUGCCCCACUCUCGAUGACAAAGUCCACAUUCUGGUUUGUGUCAUACCUGCUGACAGGCUUUCUGUAUUGAGUGAAGAAGUUAAACAGAAGAUCAGAGACAUCAGAGAAGCAGCCAGUGACCUGGGUAUUCCCCAGCUGGCUCUGUUCACCAAAAUUGAUCAAGCCUGUUCUGUGACUGAGAGCGAUAUAAAGAAUGUCUAUAAGAGCAAGUACCUGAAGAAACAGAUGGAGGAUUUCAGUGCAGAUGUGGGUGUUCCAAUGAACUGCAUCUUUCCUGUGAAGAACUACCACUCAGAAAUCCAUAUGAACGAUGACAUCGACUCACUGAUACUGAGUGCACUGAGGCAGAUGGUUGACUUUGGAGAUGAUUUUGUAAACAUGAGCUAGCUAGUCACUGUCAUUUAGGCUUCAAACCUGCACGAGAGGAAAGCCAAACUGCAUUAACUAAGUGUACAGUGCACAGAUCACUUGACUACAACAUGAACGAUGACAGCUGGAUCAUAGGUAUGUCAUCAUUCAUGGAGCUGUGUGCUUCUAACUAGAACUUUCUAAUUACCUUUGAUUGGGAUAUUAUGGAUUUGCCUCAAGCGUCACAGAUCCCGGCUAUGAGCGCUAAAACUCCCAUAUCAUUUAUUCAAUUCAAAUUUUUUAGCUUUUUUAAAAAAAAAACAAACAAAAAAAA